CGGAUCCUGUACAGACAGAGGACGGGUGUGAUAACAGGACGUGCAGGGCUGUGUGGUUGAGUCUCUGGGGCUGGAUAUGUCGGUCCAGUGGCUUUGGAUUGUAGUUUAUAGAGGGCAAACACUGGUGGAGGGGGCAGUUUUGAGGGGCGGGCAGAAUGGAGAGCAGUCAGGAGGCUGUGAGUGUCGGGGGUCAUGGAGGUCUAUUCAGUACGAGGCAACGAUACUCUUUAGGGAGCUGCUCAGGAUCACCUUGUGGGUCCUGGGUUUCGGGAUGAGAAAGUGGGUGUAAGGGAACCAUGUGCAUUAGGGUCAGGGCCCUCUUACCCCUGCAGAUAAUCGUGAAGAUGAUCGCUAACCAGCAUUCGAAUGAACGCCCGUUAGCGACGAUCUGGCAGUGUAAUACCGCCACCUUCUUCCCGAUGAAUGUUCACUGGGUAAUCGGAGUCUUUCAACAAACAAUGAUUCAGUAUGGGGACGAGCGAUGGCAUUACUGAUCACUGCUCCCUGUACUGUGGAGGAGAUCGCGGCAUGUAAUAGCAGCCGUCUCCUCUACUGAUAAGCAGGCGAUUUCCGAAAGGAACGCUUCCCUCCCCGACAAUCGCCUGCAGAAUUUGCAGAUGUAAUAGGAGAGAAAAUAGGAUUUGGGGAGCAGCAUGAGGUGCAGUGUGUGGGCAGCCAGAGCAGCUCUCAGGCUGUGAGGGGGCAGCCUGUGCUGGGGCAGGUGCUAGGACGGGUUCUAGGUUGGUCGAAUGUCCGUUGUGGCACCCAGAGCAGCUCUCAGGCUGUGAGGGGGCAGCCUGUGCUGGGGCAGGUGCUAGGACGGGUUCUAGGUUGGUCGGAUGUCCGUUGUGGCACCCUUUGUGGAAACGUGUGGGAUGUAAACUAAUAGCUGGAGGGUGGCUUACAGGGAGUCGUAGGGGGGACACGAUCGCGGUCGGUACGUGUGCUCCGAGAUGUGGCUAUGCUUUGUUCUUAAAGGUCUUACCAAUAAAAUACAGCGACAAACGAAUACUCAAUCCUAACUAAAUAUACAAAAAGAAAGACUGAAUAAAAAAAUACAACAAAACAAAAACCGCAAGGACAAACUAACCCGCAAUCUGCAGCAAACUUCCAGUCCCGAAUCAAUGUUCACUAGUUGCGCUGCGGUGCCCCUGACGAAGCCGAGGCGAAGCCCGGGUCGGGCGUCUGAUGAGAGGACGUGGACAUUUUACAUGAUUGUUGUUUUAUGGAUCUUGUGAGUAGAACACGUCCGUGUAUUUAUGACGGGACUUCACUACGUCGGCCAUUUCUUCUGUUCUCUAGGAGAUUAGAGCAUCGACUUUUGUGAUAAUCCUCGCAGGAUCCUGAGGAAAGACGCUCCUUUCUUACUCCUAAAUCUGAAUUUAUACCUAUUCUGAGCAGCGCGGAUUUCUCUUUUUGUUUUGUUCUUAAAGGGGUUGUCUCAUCCCACCAUUACUAAGGCGAGAUGGGACACAGAUCCGUCAGGUUUCCGUUAUUUUUCACCGGAGAAAAAGUACAUGAGAAUAACGGAUCUCUCAUGGAUCUCACCCAAACCGAUCAUAAUUGAUACCAAUAAUUGGGAUUGAAUGGAUGUGCUUUUUCCCCCAUUUUUUAGUUCAUCUGAUGGCUUUUUUCUCACAUGAAGCCGUCACAGCUCAGUUUUUUUUAUUUUUAUAUUGAACCUGAAAGCUGAGGGCGACCCGUGUAGCACUUUGGACAAAAGGUGUACUAGUGGUCACGAAGGGGUUAACACGUUAUCGACUUUGCCGCUGCACAUGACGCUCGUUUUGCAGAGACUUCAUUUGUUACGGAACGCCAUGGAAGCCGCUGCGGACUAUGACAGACAUACGACUUCAAACUUUGUCGUCUUGAAAAAAAAAAUUGGGACUGAAGGGCCCACGUACUGAUGUGCUGCUGGUUCCUCAUUGCCUGCUCCUGCCGCUCUUCUGCCAGCUGUGGGACGUUGAAUGGACUGAAGACACGGUUCCUCGAUCUCUCCAGUUUUCCGUGGUUGGCAUCAGUUCAGGACUACAGUGGAUCCCAUCUUGCAGGGGGAGCAAUCAUAAGUGAAUUCUGGAUAGUGACGGCGCCAUCUGCUCUGAAGCUGAGGAGAGAUCUCUCGGUUGUGGUGGGAAUCUCAGAGCUGGACCUUAUGGGCAGCAGAGCGUCCUACGUUAUCCACAGGCUCAUCAUACAUGAGGAAUUUGAUGAGAUUCUCCACAGCAAUGACCUGAUGCUGCUUAUGACCAGGGAAAAGAUUCGAUUUGGCCGCAGGGUUCAACCCAUAUGCUUCCCAAGCCUGGACCCUCACAACUCUGCUCUCAGCAAUUGCACGGUGUCCGGGAGGACAGGCUGGAAAGAGUCAGGACAUUCGGGCUCUACGUCUUGGUGCAGGUUGUCAGUGGAGAACAUGAACCGUUGUCCUUUGCAGCGGACUGUGUCUACAGAGUGCUGUAUCCACCGUGGGAGCGGUGAGCGUGGCUGUGCGGGCACAGAAGGCAGCCCGGUCUCUUGUCAGGUGAAGGGUGAGGAGCGAUGGCUGCUGGCUGGAGUCCUGCCCGCUGCUGGCAUGAGGUCCCAUGUUCCUGUCCUCUACACUCGCACCUCAUAUUACAGUGACUGGAUUUCAUCUCGUACCACGCAGGCAGGGCGGCCAUUCAUCCCUACAGUCACCAUCAACACUGUGGUUGAAGCGUACGACCAACUGCACUUCCGAUCUGCAGUCAAGAAGGCCCAACCUCGUGAAGAGGAAGACGAGGGUCUGCUGUACGAUUAUUACCAUGGAAACGAGCUCCCGAAAACCUGUGGCUAUUCACGCAGCCCUGAUGUCCACCUCAUCGCGAUUGUCCUUUUACUUACAAGAUGA